AUGUCAUCGGACUCUCCUCAGAAGCGAGUCGUGGAAUCAGUCGACGAUAUCCAGGAUAAGGAUUCCGACGGUCAUCGGGGAAAGCGAUCCAAGAUCGACAAGCCCUUCACCGGCGUCUCCAGCUCCGUUCGAGACACGGAAACUUCUCCGAGCCCUCUCGUCUCUGAUAAUAAAGCACACGAUGUUUUACAGCCGAAAGGCGACCAAGUCGGUGACGAUUCGGAGGCUAUCUGCUCUCCAGCACCACAAGCGCUUUCGCCCAAACAUUUGGCUCCAGAACAUGUUCAGGACCCUCCCCAGCAAUGCCACAAACAUUAUGACAAGGUCUUGCAGAGCACUCAGGAAGAUAAGGCAGAAUACAUAUGCUUCGGGAUGCUGAGAGAUGUCGAUAUCAAAAUCCAGCCUGUUCUGGGUUCGUACUCUCUAAGCGUUGAUCAAUUAUUCGGGAUACCUGAUACGUUUGCUUCACUCACUCUCUCGAUAAAACCGCCGCAGAGUGAUUUUCUUUCAAACGAGGGUGCUUGUAUUGCGACGAUAGAGUAUGCAACACACCGUCGAAUCAGCUCCAUAAAAGUCGAAGAGGACCCGAUCUGGCUGGGUGUGAUUCCAAAAAAGGAAAUCUGGCAGAAGAUAAGAGCAGUGACCAAGAGUUUUUCUUCAGAAUCUUACUCUCCAUCCCCUUGGACGUACAAAAUCAAUAUUCUUGCUAUCGGCCUCUCGACUAUUGCGAAACCCCUGGCAAGCCAACUUACUCAGCCUCAACAUGGUCGGCGUCAGUUGCAGUUGCGUUGUCCAGUCCCAAAAGCCCACCCAGAUUAGGUAUUAUAAUCCCC